UCUCCCGCCCCCGUGGGGGCGGGCACGCCUCGUAAAGAGAGACUUCGAGGGCUUCCGGUCGGAACCGGAAGUGGUGGUUACUAAGGCGACGCCAAGCCGGCCAGCUUUUCAGAGUUUCGUAGAAGUUCCCAGUGCCACCUUCUGUGAUAUCAUCCGCCAGAGGAGGUCAGAUGCAGAAGAUGAACCUGCCCACUCUUACUCGAAAGGGACCACUGGAGGUGCCGUCUCCAACAGAGAAGGAUUGGCCUGAUGACAAUGAAGAGGAUUAUGUCCUCAAGGAUCCAGAUCAGGAGCUGGAUUCCCUGCCUCAGCCUUAUCGAAUGAUCAACAAGCUGGUGAACCUUCUGUUUGACAGGUCAUGGGAAGUUAUUGAAGAGAGGAACGCAUUGAGGGAAGCUAAGAGCACCUGGAUCCAGCCUACCAUCUACCAUCCACUUGCAGAAAUCCAGUUCAACAAAAUGCCAAACUGUAUGGCUGUUUCCCAAGACUAUGUGUUUAUCGGAGGAGCCAAAGGAUUCUCAAUUUAUAAUCUAUACAACGCUAAACGAAUAUAUGUUUGGGAGAAACUUAAGGUUGAUGUCACUUCCAUCUGGGCCACAGAUUUGGGGAAUGAAAUACUUAUCGCUCCUGUGGAUGAAAUGGGUAUCAUUAGACUAUUCUAUUUUUAUAAGGAUGGUCUUUUCCUAGUCAAAGCCAUCAAUGAAGUGGAUGAUACCAGCAAGCAAACCACCUGUAUAAAGAUGGAGAUCUCUCAAGGAGGGGACUUUGCAGCCUUCCUUCUACAAGGAGCUGGAGAAGUUUGGCUGGAUGUGUAUAAAUUGCCCAAGGAGUCUUGGCUCAAGGAAGUGGAGCACGCCCAACUCACUUUAAAUGCAAAGAAAAGAGUCAGACCGCUGCAACUGAGCACUCUUGAUUCCAUUACUUCAGAUAAUUUAGAAAUGGAAAACAUUUGUUUUAAAGGAGACAUUAAGUUGAGUCUUCCAGUUCAUAUAAUGAAGAUCAAACCACCUAAACCUGUUACAGGUACCACAUUUAAAAGCCCCCUGGAAGUCUUUGCAAAGAUAGAGGACUGCUACGGGCUAGGCUCUGGGCAGAAUCACUUCAUCAAGGACAGUCAGUGGGAGCAGCAAGCAGAGAUCUUUAACGCUUCCUACAAGAAGUACCUGGAUGGGGCAUGGGAGGAGGAGCCACUCAGUAUGGCCACGUUCCAUUUCCUCCUUAAUAGCUGCAUAUUCGCAAUGCCACCAGAAGUCAAGAGCCCCUCAGGAGUAGCCUGUGUCCUUGGCAUACACUGGACCAGAAGUCACAAUUUCUUCCUGUAUUCACUGAACCGAACUCUGAAGGAUAAAAUUGACCCCGAGGGUGUGUGGCCCUGUGCUGCACCCAUUGCAGCCUCUCGGCUCAGCUGCUCCUCUUCCUACCUGGUGCUGGCCUGCGAGGAUGGUGUGCUCACGCUGUGGGACCUGGCCAAAGGAUUCCCUCUUGGGGUUGUUGCUCUUCCUGAGGGAUGUUUCUGCCAAAGCAUUCACUUCCUAAAAUUCUUCGUGGUCCACAAAGGACAGAACAUGUAUCCUGAGGGUCCAGUGAUAUCCCAAAUGAAAUGUGUGGUGCUGUGCACAGAUGCUUCCCUCCAUCUGGUGACAGCCAACAGGACCCAAGGACCCACCAUCAGUGUGCUUGUUGAGAGACCCGUAAAGCACCUGGAUGAAGCCAUCUGUGCAGUGGCCCCAGUCUCAGCCUUACCUGGCAUGGUACUGAUUUUCUCCAGCAACGGCUCUGUGUGCCUCAUGGAUGUGGCCAAGGCUGAAAUCAUCUGUGCCUUCGCUCCCCCCAGAUCCUACCAUCUGGUGGUUCCCUGGAAGCCAGUGUUUGUCGUGUCUUUACACCAUCCAUGCUUCUUUCUCCAAGGAGAUCAUCCAGGUGAAAUUAAAUCCACUGGCGAUGACGGGGACAUCCAAUAUUCUGUUUUCUAUUUUAAUUUUGAGGCCUACCCACUCCUGCAAAAUAUCUUUAAAAAUUGCACCAUUCCUCAAAAGGACUUGACAGAUACCACAGCCUUCCCCCAGGCAUUGCCACUGGAGAAAAGAUGUGCACAUUUACUUGAGAAGAGCUUUCAGAAGCUCGAGAAGAGCCAGGUGAAAGAGCAGGAACACUGGACUCGGCUUCGGAGGUACUCCUUGCUGCUCCAAAGAGAGAGCUUCAAGAAGUGA